AUGGAAAUCAGCGUUCAGUAUACGAAGAAAAGGUUCAACUUUGGCCGGCAACCGCAGUUUUGCGAACAAGGCCCGGAUUUGUGCGAUUCUAUAUCCACGAACGUGUUGGAACACAAGAACUACAUCUUACGCAACCCAGUUCACCAACCAACUCAGAAUACACCAUCUUUUUCUGAACAUAGUAUUAAUACUGUAAGGGCAGAGUUUGUGUGCACAGGCGCUAACCACUCGGAAGGUGGCUGGGCAAAGGAUAUAAACAUUCACGACCCUGAAGCCACGCAGCGUUAUCGUCGGAAAGUUGAGAAAGAUGACACUUACAUACAUUGUGUUAAUACCUUGGCUCCGGGAAUGGAACAUCUGAUACUGCAAAACAAUGCGAUCGAUAUGUACCGAACAUACUAUUCUGAAAUGGAGAAAAUGCCAGAAGUCGAGAAGAAUAGUUGUCGGACUGUAAAUUUUUACCACGACCCAUUUGGCCGACCGGUAUCCUCAAUCUGUUGGCACCCCAAAGAAGUGCUCAAAUUUGCCGCUUGCUAUGUCGACGUCGACUUCUAUCGUGUAGCUAAGCAAGCGGCGACAUACGCGUUUCUGUGGGAUGUUGAGAGUGCCAAUGCACCUGAUGGAGUUUUCCAACCGACCGGAACCCUAUUUGACUUCAAAUUUAAUCCACGCGACAGCAAUUGCCUUAUAGGUGGACUGGAAACCGGACAAGUUACUGUUUUCGACCGCCGAAGCGGCGUCGCUCCUGUGAGCACAUGUCCAAUGCACGUCGCACAUAGGGAUCUUGUUCGUAAAGUGUUGUUCAUCCACUCAAAAUCAGGUCAAGAAUUCUUCUCUGGGAGCCCGGACGGCUGUUGCAAAUGGUGGGACCUAAGAAAACUAAGCGAAACUACUGAUGAGAUGAUCAUUGAUUUGGUGAAGAGCAAUGCAGAUGAACAGAGUAUGGCGACAGCGUGUGGUGUAUCGUCGAUGGAGUAUGAAUCUACGAUCCCUACACGCUUCAUGGUGGGCACAGACAACGGAAUGGUUAUUGGUGGCAACCGGAAAGGUAAAACAGCGACGGAAAAACUGCCUGUGACGUACAACGCACACUCUGGGCCAGUGAUGUCAGUAGAACGCAAUCCAGCCUUUCCAAAAUGUUUCUUAACUGUUGGAGAUUGGACUGUCCGCGUUUGGAGCGAAGAAUGCCGCGAGUCCAGCAUACUAUGGUCACCACCAUUACGCUACGGGUAUUCUUCCGGUGCUUGGAGCCCCUCUAGGAUCUCAAUGAUGCUGAUGAGCGGCACCGACGGCCGUUUGGCGAUAUGGGACCUUCUGCGAAGACAACACGAACCUGUAUUUACUAUGCAGAUUAGCAGUAACGCAUUGCUUACUCAACAGUUCCAUGAAUCGGGUUCACUGGUAGCUAUAGGCAACCGUAGCGGUGACAUAUGUUUAGUGGAAAUGUCUCGUCAACUCGCUGAAUCCGAUAAGAAUGAUAAACUUCUUCUCCAAGCGAUUAUCGAUCGCGAGACUAAACGCGAGCGUAUCCUAGAAGCGCGUGCUCGUGAAAUCCGGGUGAAACAAAAACAAGCUGAUGAGGCUUCCCCGGCCGCUUCUAUCACUGAUCUUGAACAAACAAUUGGCGACCACGACUUAAAUGAAGCCACUACGGAUUAUAUGCAAAUAUUGAAGAAAGAGUUAGCUAGCAUGUAACAUUUUUCCUUCCUUCCCUCUGUCAUUUCCAUUUUCAACUUGUUUUUACAGAGCGUUGAGUCGAAUUUCGCAACGGCCGAACGAGAUUUGAUUUCGUGCUCUGUGAUUCGCUUGUUAUCACGAAUUUUAGUGAAGUCCGAUUCUUAAGUCAAAACACAACAAAUACUGCUACUCUGUUAUUACUUUUAGACAAAUGUACUGAACGAGUGUUUUUCGAUCUCCAUUCAAAUGCAGAGUCUAAUAUAUUGUUUUA